CUUUCGAUUGCCUGCGGGACGCUGGGCGUCCGGGGACGGGAAAGUGCACGGUGAGCGGCCUAGGUCUUGCGGACUCCACGAGGCCCCGCGGUUUUGCAGAGGUAUGGAGAAAGAAAGAGGAAUGGCUGUUGACCAAGCCAAGUACAAGUAAUAUACAUCUAAGUUUCCUGAACCACUGAUCAUUGUGCCACGUCCCUUUGUAUACAUCAUCAGACAUGUAAGUUGCUGUUUUUAUUACAAGCAUACUUCAGAACAUUCAUGGAGAAAAGGAAUUAAAAGAACAGCCCUGGGGAAAACUGAUCAUCUUCACUGCUGAAAACCAUGGCUGGGGGACCGGUGACAUUCAGUGAUGUGUCUGUAGACUUCUCUCAGGAGGAAUGGGAGUGCCUGGACCCUACUCAGAGGGACUUGUACAGAGAUGUGAUGCUGGAGAACUACAGCAACCUGGUUGCCAUGGGACUUUAUAUUCCUAAACCUCAAGUGAUUUCCUUAUUGGAGCAAGGGAAAGAGCCCUGGAUGAUUGGCAAAGAGCUGACAAGAGGCUUGUGUUCAGAUCUGGAGUCAAUGUGUGAAAGCAAGUUGUUAUCUCUAAAGAAAGAAGUGUAUGAAAUAGAGUCAUGUCAGAGGGAGCUAAUGGGACUGACGAAGCAUGGCCUUGAGUUCUCCAGCUUUAGAGAUGUUUUAGACUAUAGAAGCCACUUUCCAAGUCAACCAGGCUAUCAUAAUGGGCAUUUGAGCCAAGAAACAUACACUCAUGAAUACAUGCCCACAUUUAUUCAACAGACAUUCCUUACUCUACAUCAAAUAAUUAAUAAUGGAGAGAAACCCUAUGAAUGUAAGAAAUGUGGAAAGACCUUUAGUCAGAACUCACAGUUUAUUCAACAUCAAAGAAUUCAUAUUGGUGAAAAAUCUUAUGAAUGUAAGGAAUGCGGGAAAUUCUUUAGUUGUGGUUCACAUGUUACUCGACAUCUGAAAAUUCACACUGGUGAAAAACCAUUUGAAUGUAAAGAAUGUGGGAAGGCCUUCAGUUGUAGUUCAUACCUUUCUCAACAUCAAAGAAUUCAUACUGGUAAGAAACCCUAUGAAUGUAAGGAAUGUGGAAAGGCCUUUAGUUAUUGCUCAAAUCUUAUUGACCAUCAGCGAAUUCACACUGGUGAAAAACCCUAUGAAUGUAAAGUAUGUGGGAAAGCCUUCACUAAGAGCUCACAACUUUUUCAACAUGUACGAAUUCAUACAGGUGAGAAACCCUACGAAUGUAAGGAAUGUGGCAAAGCAUUUACUCAGAGCUCAAAGCUUGUUCAGCAUCAGAGAAUUCACACUGGUGAGAAACCCUAUGAGUGCAAGGAAUGUGGCAAAGCUUUCAGUAGUGGAUCAGCACUUACUAAUCAUCAGAGGAUUCACACUGGUGAGAAACCCUAUGAUUGUAAGGAAUGUGGGAAGGCGUUUACACAGAGCUCACAACUUCGUCAACAUCAAAGAAUUCAUGCUGGUGAGAAACCCUUUGAAUGUCUUGAAUGUGGGAAGGCUUUUACCCAGAACUCACAACUUUUUCAACAUCAAAGAAUUCAUACAGAUGAAAAACCAUAUGAAUGUAAUGAAUGUGGAAAGGCCUUUAAUAAGUGUUCCAACCUUACUCGACAUCUGAGGAUUCACAGUGGUGAAAAGCCCUAUAAUUGUAAGGAAUGUGGGAAGGCAUUUAGUAGUGGCUCAGAUCUCAUUCGUCAUCAGGGGAUUCAUGCUAAUGAAUAAUAAAAAAAAGCUCUGUCACUUUCCUGGCAUUUUUAAAUAGAAAUUCAUUUUUGCUAGUCUUUCACUACUUUUGGUUUAUUUGUAUUUAAGUUUUUAGUACAGAUGUAUUUCAUUAUAAGUUAUGGAUUCAGAGUCUGACAUCCUUCCCCCUCCCCAACCUGUAUCAGUGUCAAUUAUUCAGUAAUUCUUUCCUUUCUCGUUGUUUUGUUUUACCUUGGUGAUACUCUAUAUAUUAUUCUUCAUAUUUGCUUGUGUUUGUAGAACUAUUUUUUCUGUUUUGUAUAUUUGUACUUGUGCUAAUAUCACACUCUUUAAAUUGUGUGACCUUUGGUUUUUCUAGUAUACUAUGGAAUUAAUACUUUGUUGUUUAAGUCUGUUCAUCUUUUUCAUUGUAAAAGUUUAUAUCUUUUAUUGUAAAACAGAAUAAGAAAUCAGAAGCUGAAAAUCUAAAAUGGUUUUAAUUAUACUAAUUAUACUCAUAUAUGAGUGCUGUCAAUUUGGUAAGUCUAAUCCUGCUAGACUUUUUACAGAAUGCUCAUUUAUCUUCAUCUACUUGAAAGGCAGAGCUAGAACUUCCAUCCAUUGGUUCAAUCCCCAAAUGCUCAGCAAUAGCCAGAGCUUGGCUAGCGGAAGACAGGAGCUUGAAACUCUGUCAAAGUCUCCUACAUGUGGGACAGGGUCCUAAGCAUUUGGGCCGUCAUCUUCUGCCUCCCAGGGUGCAUUAGCUGGAUCAGAAGCAGAUUAGUGGGGACUCUUUAACAGGUACUCUGAUAUGAGAUGCCAGCAAUCGAAGUGGUGGCUUAACCCACUACUCCACAACACCUGCCCCUAGACUUUCU